GAGCACAGCGAGAGGUGGGGGGGAGAGGAAAGUGGGGGUGGCAGGGAAGAUGUUCGCUUCGGUGGGCCCUCGGGGUGGCGCGCGCCCCCCCGUGGCCCCGGCCAUCCCGGAACCGGACCUGAGCCAUCUGACGGAGGAGGAGAGGAGCAUCAUCAUGGCUGUUCUGGCUCGGCAGCGGGAGGAGGAGGCGAAGGAUGAGGCCGUCCUAAAAGAAGAGAAGCCGAUCCAAGCCAGAACAGUGAACCUGGUUGGACAGAAGAAACCUACGCCUCAAAACGACGUCCGAGGAAUCCAGCAGCAGUUGACCAGCUACAGAGAGACGGUGAUCCGGCAGGCCACGGCAGCGGCGGGCUCCACCAUCCAUCGGGAUGAUGCACCCACCUGUGGAAUCUGCCACAAGACCAAGUUCGCAGACGGCUGUGGGAACCUGUGUUCGUACUGCCACACCAAGUUUUGCGCUCGCUGUGGGGGGAGGGUGUCUCUGAGGUCCAACACGGAGGACAAAGUGGUGAUCUGGGUGUGCAAUAAUUGCCGGAAGCAGCAGGAUAUUCUGACCAAACCAGGCGACUGGUUCACUGGUCCUUCUGGGAAGUCUUCCGACCUUGGUUCUGCUGUCAGUGAGCCAUCCGUGUGCCAAGCGUCCGUGGAUAAGAAGUUGAGAUCUCGCUCCCAAGCACCCACAGGCUCUGCUGGUACCAUCCAAGACCCAGGGCGGCCAGGGGCCACAGCUGGAACAGAUGCUCGCUCUCUUAGUGAGCCACCACGAGACGCGAGGAAUGGGCGGGGAAGUGGAGGAGCGGGUCGAGGUGAGCGGCGGCCUGGUCAGCACAGGCUGCAGACCCAAGUCUCCAUGGAUCGAGACCUUCGGGGGGAGUCCAGGGAGCGCAGGGAGGGCCGGCAGCUGUCAAAGGUUCGGUCUCUGGAGCACGAUCCUGUGGGAGGAGGUGGAGGUAUGAAACGAACAGAGGAGGGGGGUUACCAUCACGUGGACCACAGUGGGGCACCCCCUCGACAAGCAGGGUCAUUACCCCCUGCAGGCGGUGGCCUCUCUGUGCAUGCUCAGGGUCGUAGCACAGGGGCAGGGCAAGUCGGGAAUGCUGCUGCACCUGGACAGAGGACGGUGGGUGGGGUUGGUGGGCCACGUGAAAAAGCUGUUUCCCAGCAAGCCCCACCCCCUGAACUCAGAGAGCCUCCGGGUUCAGGGCCCAGCUCAGGUGCGGGUCAGGGACCCGGAGUCAAACGGACCAAGAGGGACAAGGCUGAGAGCAUGCUGCGGAACGAUUCGCUGAGUUCCGACCAAUCCGAAUCUCUGCGGCCACCUCCGCCUCGACCCUACAAGUCAAAACGAGGGCCGGGGGCAGGAGGGAAGAGACAAACCAGCAUGAGCAGCUCAGAGGAGGAGGGGGGCACAACGCCAGAGUACAGCAGCUGUGAGGAUGCAGAGAUCGAAAGCGUCAGCGAGAGAGGCGACUGGGAGUGUCACCCACACGAUCCCACGGGAUGGCACCAUCCUGUGACGUGGCAACCAUCCAAGGAGGGAGACCAUCUGAUUGGGCGAAUUACUCUCAGUAAGAGGAGUGCCACCAUGCCUAAAGAAGCUGGAGCUCUGCUUGGGUUAAAGGUGGUGGGAGGAAGAAUAACAGAGUCCGGCAGGUUAGGUGCCUUCAUCACCAAAGUCAAGAAGGGAAGUCUGGCUGACGUGGUGGGUCAUCUGAGAGCAGGGGAUGAAGUUUUGCAGUGGAACGGCAAGUUGUUACCAGGAGCAACAAUGAAGGAAGUUUAUAACAUCAUCCUGGAGUCUCAGUCCGAGCCUCAGGUGGAGCUGAUGGUGUCCAGGCCCAUUGGUGAUAUCCCAAGAAUCCCCGAUACGUCCCACCCUCCAUUAGAAUCUACAGGUUCCAGUUCUUUUGAGUCCCAGAAGAUGGAGAGACCAUCCUUAAAUGUCCUAUCUCCCUCCAGUCCUGGGAUGCUCCAAGAUGCUUCACAGUUGAUGCCAGGCCGACUCUUGGUGAAGCUGUGGUACGACAAAGUGGGUCACCAGUUAAUCGUUAAUGUGCUGCAGGCUGUGGAGCUUCCUCUUAGGCCUGAUGGGCGUCCCAGGAGUCCCUAUGUCAAAAUGUACUUCCUCCCAGAUCGCAGUGACAAAAGUAAACGAAGGACAAAAACAGUGAAGAAGACCUGCGAGCCGAAGUGGAACCAGGCGUUUGUCUACUCUCACGUUCAUCGAAGGGAUUUUCGUAAUCACAUGCUCGAGCUGACGGUGUGGGACCAACCCAGGUCUCCAGAGGAGGACAGCAUCUUCAUGGGAGAGAUCCUGAUCGAGCUGGAGACGGCCUUACUUGACGACAAGCCUCACUGGUAUCCUCUUCAGACCCAUGAUGUCUCAUCCAUCCCACUUCCUCGACCUUCCCCCUACCUGCCCCGGCGCCACACGGACACAAGUGGCAAGAAGCUGCAGCGUUCUCAGCGUGUUACAGAGCCUGAUUUUGAUGAGGGUACAACAGUAGUAUCUAAAGCAGACAGCAGUGGCAGGGAGAGGCAGCGGGAGCCCACAUCCACUCUUGAGGUUCCUGAGCCGCAACGGACACCCUCCCAUCACAUACGCUCCCGCUCCGUGUCCCCGCAUCGUGAGGAGCAGGGCCGCAUCCGGUCCCGAGCACCUAACGUUCCCACCCAGAGGAGUUUGGAUGAUGAGCUUCCCCACACUCGUCGUUCUCGAUCUCCAAACCGCCACUGCGAUGCUGCCAGAGGCCACCGGCAAGGGGAGGAGUACCUGGAUGACAGUGAGGUCAUCAUGCUCCACCAAUCAUUGCGAGGCAAAAGUGAUGAGUGCCUACACACCAGUGGUCUGCAGCCCUCUCUGGACAGGGUUAGGAGUGCUAGCACCAACUGUCUGACUCCAGACAAUCAUGCCCCCUCACCAGAGACUGAAAGAAAGCCUUUGUCCCAUUCUCUGCCUCGACGGCGUCCGGCAAGUCCUCGGAUUCUUAUCCAACAUGCUUCCCCUGAAGAUGACAGGCAGCCUCGGAUUCUGGAAAGCCCAGAGUGUCAGACAGUUGGCAGGAAGCAGUCUGACAGCGGCAGGGGCCUCCUGCAAGGCGGUCCAGGAGCAUCUUCAUCAGCUCGCAGAGUGAGGCAGCUCCCCCAGCUUCCCCCCCAGACCAGUACUGUAGAACAAGCCCUGGUAGCAGAAGAGCGAGUUCGUCAACUCCAGAUGAGGGUUCAUUCUAAUCGGAUGUCAUCUGCCCCCACUUCCAGCCAACAGGACCUGGACCAAGCCCUCAAGAACAAACGAGAGCUCUAUAAGGACCAGAGUAGGAAUAGUGAAAAUAUAUCCCAUAAGUCCUCAGACAGUGAUGUCAGUGAUGUGUCAGCCAUCUCUCGAACCAGCAGUGCCUCUCGCAUCAGUAGCACCAGCUACAUGUCCAUCCAGUCAGAGAGACCUCGGGGCCGCUUCAGCCGAGCUCUGCGUGCAUCAGGCCGUCACAUGAUGAAGAGCACCAGUGUGAGUGGUGAGAUCUACGGCACAGAGCAUGCCGACGGCAGCCAGUCGGACACUGCGCUUGGGAGCUUGGGGAGUGGGAUCAAAAAGCGGCGCUCCAGUUUAAGCCAACGUGUUGUUGCCAUCCUGCCAUCAAGACGGAGCCGGAGUACCUCCCAGCUCAGCCAGACAGAGGCGGCGGGUAAGGCGGCGGACAGACAGAAAGAGGCAUCAGCAGGGAAGAAGGCGAGUAAAGCCAGCAGCAGCAACAUCCAGAGGAGCGUGGAGACGGGUAUGGCUGUGGAGUACCCACGAGGAGGGUCCUCCAUGAACCGGCAGGCCAGCAGGGAGUCCACUGAUGGAAGCAUGAACAGCUACAGCUCUGAGGGGAAUUUGAUCUUCUCGGGGAUGCGUUUGGGAGCCGACAGUCAGUUUAGUGACUUCCUGGAUGGACUGGGUCCUGGUCAGCUGGUUGGCCGGCAGACUCUGGCCACACCUGCCAUGGGAGAUGUCCAGAUUGGUUUGAUGGAUAAGAGGGGACAGCUGGAGGUGGAGGUGAUCAGGGCCCGAGGCCUUACCCCCAAACCAGGCUCCAAAUCCCUCCCAGCUCCUUAUGUCAAGGUGUACCUGCUGGAACAUGGAACCUGUAAAGCCAAAAAGAAAACCAAGAUUGCACGUAAGACCCUGGAGCCGCUCUACCAGCAGCACCUGCUGUUUGAGGAGAGUCCCCAGGGCAAAGUUCUUCAGGUGAUCGUUUGGGGUGACUAUGGACGACUGGACCACAAAUGCUUCAUGGGUGUAGCACAGAUCUUGUUGGAAGAGCUGGACCUCUCAAGCACGGUGAUCGGCUGGUACAAACUGUUCCCACCAUCCUCACUGGUGGACCCCACAUUAGCUCCACUCACACGUCUGGCGUCUCAGACGUCACUGGACAGCUCAGGACCGCCGCCUGGCACUCGGUCCUAGUGACCAAAGGGCGACCGCCUACCCCAGUUCACCUGAAAUGAUCAGGAAAUGAACCACAGCCGCUGGACCACAACUGAGCAGAGGGUGCAAACAUGUCCCGAAGACGACAACAAGAAGCCCUCGAACAACCAAUGAAAAACCAGACGGAGAGACAGGGAGUGGCCGAGAGAGGGAGAGAUAGAAGUAGCCAAUCAGAGCUU